AUGAUGAAGCUUCCUGAUUUCGAGGACGACCUUGCAAAUGUCGAAUUCGAAACUUCAGAGGAUGUUGACGUGGUCACGACGUUUGAUCAAAUGGGAUUAAGGGAAGAGCUGAUUCAAGGCAUUUAUGCCUAUGGUUUUUCGAAACCGUCAGCCAUUCAGCAGAGAGCUAUAAAGCCAGUUAUUAAGGGCAGGGAUGUAAUUGCACAGGCGCAGUCCGGUACCGGCAAAACUGCUACUUUUGCCAUCGGCAUUUUGCAGACACUGGACACACAGAUCCGGGAAACGCAGACUUUGGUUUUGUCUCCUACUCGGGAGUUGGCUGUUCAGAUCCAAAAGGUUGUGCUCGCUCUUGGCGAUUACAUGAACGUCCAGUGUCAUGCAUGCAUUGGUGGUACAAAUGUCGGCGAAGAUAUCCGAAAGUUGGACUAUGGUCAACACGUCAUUUCUGGAACCCCUGGCAGGGUUUUUGACAUGAUACGAAGGCGCAGUUUACGUACCCGCGCGAUCAAAAUGUUGGUCCUUGACGAAGCUGAUGAAAUGCUUAACAAAGGAUUUAAAGAGCAAAUUUAUGACGUUUAUCGCUAUCUACCCCCUGGAACCCAAGUCGUUCUAAUAUCUGCAACGCUCCCGCAUGAAAUUUUGGAAAUGACAAGCAAGUUCAUGACAGAACCUGUGCGAAUUUUGGUCAAGCGUGAUGAACUUACCUUGGAAGGUAUAAGGCAGUUUUUCGUUGCGGUGGAGCGCGAGGAGUGGAAAUUCGACACACUGUGCGAUUUGUACGAUACACUGACAAUAACGCAGGCGGUCAUCUUUUGCAAUACCCGCAGAAAGGUGGACUGGCUUUCAGAGAAGAUGCGCGAGGCGAACUUCACCGUGUCGGCGAUGCACGGCGACAUGGAACAGAAAGAUCGCGAUCGCAUCAUGAAAGAGUUCAGAGCAGGACAAAGCCGGGUGUUGAUUAGCACCGACGUAUGGGCGCGUGGUCUUGAUGUGCCUCAAGUUUCAUUGGUUAUCAACUACGAUCUUCCAAAUAAUCGAGAGUUAUACAUCCAUAGAAUUGGUCGAUCAGGCAGAUUUGGGCGAAAAGGUGUGUCGAUAAACUUCGUCAAAUCAGACGACAUCCGAAUAUUGCGGGACAUUGAGCAGUACUACAGCACGCAGAUCGACGAAAUGCCCAUGAACGGUAUGUUUUGA